GACAAUCACAACAUAUUCCAGGAAAUCAUGCCAGAUCUUAUGGAGGAUUUUCCUUUGCCGGAUCUCGCAAAUGCUUUAGGACCGUAUAUCAGGCCACGCGAGGAAGUUGCUGAAAUUCGUCGUGUUAUUGACUCCUUUUUGGCACAACAUGUUCAGCACGAAAAUAUCCCAACCUCGAAAGCGACAUUACCCAUCACGGGGACAUCUACUCAAUCCGUACCAGAAAACAUCACUGGCGUACGAAGAGCUUUCAUGCAAGCCCUCAUCGCCCGUCAAAAGGCACAAAAUCAAUACGAUGCUCUAAAAGCAGAGCUGAAUCUCAUGCAAAACAAACCCGAGGAACAGGAGAGCAACGAGAGCAAAGCGAAUCCAGUUGCCGAAACAGUCGCUUUGAUCCGCCAAAGACAACGAAGAGAUAAACUUCUGGUCAUCGAAAAGACACUGGACAAUCUGGAGAAGGUCAGACACACUUCGCGAUAUGCAGAUCCCAGUGAGCUCUUGAAUGGCAUGCAAGCUCAAUUACCUCCGCCUCUUGCACAGCAAUCUCAGGAUGAAUCUUUGGCAGAAGCCCAGUCUCAUGUUUUCGAGCUGCAAAAAGCAGUGCUGCGUGCACAAAGCUCUGCACAAGCAAGGCCUUCGAACGUGUCUGUCCAGGAACCCAACCCGGAAGACUGGAAACGUGCGUACGCUCUUCGACGAGCUCGAGAUGACCUUAUCGCUUGGAUUGAAUCGGAACUUGCAAAACUGUCAGAGGACGGCGACCACAUGGAUCCAGACUUUGACAUGCCAACAGACUUCGGCGCAGAAUCGUUAGACGAGACUCGAGCCACCCUUCAGGACCUUUACAGCAAGUACAUUGCUUCACGAGAACGUCUUGUCAGCACUCUCAACAUCCAAUACGAAACUAAAUCAGAUCCUGUCCAACCACCACUCGAAAGACAGAUGUCAACCACCAACGACGACAAAUCGAAUAAUACAGGCAUGGCUUUGCGAGUUCUACCAUUCAUCGACAUACUCCGAUCUACAGCUCAAGACGAAACAGCGAUGAUGCAACACACAUCUUAUCUUCGACGACAAGUCACGGCUGUCUCGACCGAGACCGAACAACUAUUGACUCGCUUGUCAGAUGAGAGUCACAUGGUCAGACCAGGAACAUCACACACUGCUGCUUGGGCCGAGGCGGCAAAGGACGCUAGAUCUAGAGACAUGGAAAUGGUUGACUCUCAUCUUGCUGCGGGAGAAACCAGCAUCAAGGGUGUAAGGAAUGUUUUGGUUUUGACGCAAAAGAUUGGGUAAACAUUACAAAGCCUGAAAUACAGGCGUGGAAGAAUGGAAGGGCCACUACUUCCGCUGAGAAAACCCUGCUUGAACAUAUCCCUCGAGACGACUCUGAUAUGAAUUCAGUUAUGCAUUGCUACAGCUACACUUCGUAUGAAAGACUCUAGCACCCAAAAAUCAAUCCACCCAUCACAAACAACCGCAUCCCCAAUCCUAAAGCUUUGCCUUUGACCCCAUCACACCAAACUCAGUAGUGCAAACCAACAGCGUAUCCUCCAGAGCCGGAAGCCUAAACUCAUCAUUGAUAGCCUGAUAAUCCUCUCCGGCGAGCAUGUCGCAGAAAUGCUUGAUGCUGGGAUAAUGGACUAUGGAAAUCUCGUUCCAAUCGCUGUCUUUGGAAACCACAUUUCCCACGAUUUUGGCAUCGCCUCC